AGUUCCAUUGCAGAUUGUUUAUAAACAUAAACUUUGUAAGUUUGUUUAAAAAUGGAAAAAACUGAAAGUACUCAGAUCACCGGUAAUGCUAGACGUAAAAUAUUAAGUCUAGCUGUUUCGCAAAUUCUUAUGGAAAAGGGAUUCGACAGCGCUGACAAGGAAUGCCUGGAAACACUGACGGAGAUGUUACAAAGUUUACUCGUUGAAGUAGGACAAUCUGCCAGAAGCUACUGUGAACUAUCAGGACGUACUAUCCCAGUAGUUGGUGAUGUGGUUGUUGCUCUGGUAAAUAUGGGAGUUUCUUUGCAGGGCAUUGAGGCAUUUGCCAAGCGAGAAGGUCGACAAAUCAUAUCAAUGCCGCCACAACAGCAAUCUAACAAACAAUUACCGUUAUUACAAGCUGGUACAAAAUCCCAGCAUCCUCCACAUAUUUUACCGUAUCUGCCACUCUUCCCAGAUCCUCAUGCCUAUGUCCGAACACCGACCCACAAACAACCCGUAACAGAAUACGAAGCAAUUAGAGAAAAAGCAGCUACUCAAAAAAGAGACAUCGAAAAGGCUCUAACAAAAUUUUUGGCAAAAACAUCGGAGACUCACAGUCUCUUUGACACUGAAGAUAAUAUGUUUCCUCUGAUUGCUUGCAAGCCAGCGUUUCCAACUUAUCUAGCCGCUUUAAAUCCCACAGACCAAGUGUUUGAUUUUGAGGAAUUGGAAUAUCACUAUUUGGUGGCCAAUAGAACAGAAGAUUGCAAAGACGAUGAUGAAAAUGAAAGCGGAAAUGAUGAAGAAGGCGGAAGCAAUGAUAAUGGAGGCGGUAGCGGUAGUGGUGGCGUUACUGACGAACCGGAGAAAAAAUCAGAAAAACCGGAAAAGGAAGUAAAGCCAGAAAAUGAUAUAAAGCCCAACUCAACAACAAAUAAAGCCAUUUUAGAAAAUCCCAAUAUUGACAAUCCGUAUUUAAGAGCGGCAACGCUACCGAAGCGCACAAAACCAGAUCCCUUGGCGGCGGUGUCAUUAUAAUGUACAUGAUGGUGUUAUUAAAUAGUCGAUAUUUUUGUGCAUUAAAAGAAUUUGAUAGUAACGAAA